AUGAACAAUCCCAUCUCGACUCUUGCCAAUGGGCAACCGAGUGAAAAUCCAGGAUCGGUCCAACAAGUUCGCUACGGAAAAACCAACGGAGGGCUCAUCGUCUUGAGCGACACGCAAACCAUCGAAGUACUCGCUCACUUUGCUCGUGAACGCAUUCCAGAGAGGAGCGUACAUGCAAAGGCCGCCGGCGCCUUUGGCGAAUUCGAAGUCCUCGAAGACAUCUCCCAUCUCACCGACGCAGACUUCCUGACGGGAAUUGGCAAAAAGACCAAGUUACUCACGCGAAUCUCGACUGUAGGUGGCGAGAAGGGAUCUAGCGAUACCGUGCGUGAUGUUCGUGGCUGGGCAACCAAAUUCUACACCGAAGAGGGUAUCCAGGACUUUGUUUUCAACGACCUGCCCGUGUUCUUCAUCCGAGAUCCAAUCAAGUUUCCGUCCAUGAAUCGCAGUCACAAGAGACAUCCCCAGACCAAUGUUCCUGAUAACACCAUGUUUUGGGACUUUCACCUGAACAACCCAGAAGGUAUCCAUGCUCUGAUGCACCUCUUUGGACAGCGUGGUAUUCCUGCGUCGCUGAGAAACAUCAACGGCUUUAGUGUUCAUACCUAUACCCUCAACAAGGCGGAUGGUAGCUAUGUCUACGUCAAAUGGCACUUUCGCCCAGACGACGGAAUCAAGACUAUGGAUGCAGACACAGCUCAGCGACUAGCAGGCUCCGAGCCUGACUACCACGUUAAAGAUCUCUUCAAAGCGAUCGAGAAAGGUGAUUUCCCGUCUUGGGGUGUUUACAUUCAGGUUAUGCAACCUGAUGAAGUUAAGGAUGCGCCGAUUGAUGUUUUUGAUGACACGUAUACUUGGCCUUUUGAGAAGUAUCCUCUCAGGCUUGUUGGUAGAAUCACACUUAACAAGAAUCUCAACAAUUACUUCCAAGAUUUGGAGCAGGCGUGCUUCUCGCCCUCGAACAUGGUUCCUGGCAUUGGACCAGUCGGGCCCAAUUACUUUCAACUCCCCUGCAACAAACCCAUCAACAAAGUCUACGCCCCAUAUGUCCGCGACGGCCCAGGCACCAUCAACGGUAACUACGGAGGCGACCCAGACUAUGUCGGCUCAGAGCUUCGCCCCGUGAGCAUGAGCAAACGAGUCCAAGUGCCUACCCACGAGGAUUGGUCUGGCCAUGUCACCGCUUUCGCAACGUCGAUCACCGAUAAGGACUUUGAGCAGCCUAGAGCGCUGUGGAAGAUUAUUUGCAAAGAGCCAAAGGGCAAAGAGCAGUUCUUGCAUAACAUUCUUCCGACCGUGGGCGAUAUCCCCGAUAAAAUGAAGGAUCAGGUGGUUGAAUAUUUCGGUCGCGUUGAUGGGGAUCUCAAGGCUUGUCUAAAAGAAGGUCUUUCCAAGUAA